AUGUUGGACGAUGUCACAUAUCUUCAUCUACCAAUCGUAGGUGACUUGCAUGCAUUCCAGCCUCUGCGCAUCGACGAGGCGGUGCUGAUGUUGGUUGAGUUACUGAUGGUCUCACUAGAGGUAGCCAUGGCCGAGACAAGACAGUGUUGUGGACCAUACUGUUGGAUAUAUGAGUACUUUUCGUCAGUUGCGGAGUGCAACACUGAUCCAAAGUACGACAAGGUGCCACCACAUGCGUGUCGUUGGAUUGCCACGAAGAAGACUGUCAAGAAGAUAUUUACAGCGAUGUACAGGUCGCGUCUGGAUCGUCUCAGGAUUCCAGAUGGGCCCGUUGCUGUCAGGUACAGAUUGGAGAGGGUUAUGCGCCAGUUCUACUACGUCCAGAGCAUUCCUGCACACCCUGACAAUUCAUGGGUGUCAUUUGAUGACGUAGACGAUAGCUGGACGCACUACUCAGACCAUCUUGUGGCAGCAAGUGAGAUGUGUCUUGUGCCAGGUCAGUGUGCGGUCGACUACAUCGAUUGGUUCUUCAACAUUUCGCAUCCAUUCAUGAUCGUGACACAAACAUCAGAUCCUCCGCGAGAGCCACAUAUCCCUCAGGUCCCAAAGGCAGCAGCAACAUCGACACUUGUCAGUUCUGAUGUGGACGAGGCUAGACAUGCAAUGAUAAGUGAGGCUUGCCAUGCGAUCGCUAAGACGUUGGAGCAUCAUCUCACCCUAAAUGAAGUCACGCUAGGCACAUCGACACAUGAGGUCAUCCUAAAAUGCCUCAAGAUUGCCAGGGGUGUCACAGAAGACGACAAUGUGUAUGUGAGGUCUCGACGUAGGCGGCGCACAAAUCAACAAUAG